GUCUAGAGCGCAAAAAAGCUUCGGAGAGAAGCGUGGAGCGCGCGCAGUGUCGCUGUCCGAUCACCUCGACUUCACUGUCUCGCUCUCACUCACACACUCACUCACACACUCACACACACACACACGCACAGAGGUAGCUCCUCCAUACCGAAACCUCUACUCUUCAGUGCGCACAUAAAUAUGACCGCGCUUCACCAUCCGUCCGGAUUAACGCCCGUGUAAGCGUUCCUCUGCCGCACGCGCCCUCCAAGCCGCUAACCGUUCACCCGUCUUUCCCUCGUGGUUAUGGGGUCCAUCAUGGCGUCUGAGUCUUAACCGGUGUGUAACGCGGAUACCGGGUGGAUCUAUGUUCCUCGGAGAAGAAGAAAGGUCGAAGGGAAAUUAGCGGAAGUUUGAGAUCGGGAAAGAGGAUGCGGGCUGCGUGCUGGUGCGCCGUCUUUCUCCUCACACCGGCGCUGUGUCUGGUUUCAAGUGUUCAUGGUUCCAUCCCAGGGAAGUCAGAGCUACUUAAGUCAGGGAGCCCCAAAUCAACAUUAAAGCACAUAUGGACAGAAAGCACCAAGGACUUGUCCAUCAGUCGUCUGCUGUCACAGACUCUGAAUGGGAAGGAGAACGCCACUGCCCUGGAUCUUCGCUAUGAAACGCCAGAGCCCUAUUCAGAAUGGGACUUAUGGGACUGGCUGAGGAAUGCCACCGACCUCCAGGACUCGAGGCCCAGGGCCAAAAGGCGGCCCAUGGUCAAGACAGGAAAAUUCAAGAAGAUGUUUGGCUGGGGAGACUUCCACUCCAACAUCAAGACAGUCAAGCUCAACCUUCUCAUCACCGGCAAGAUUGUCGACCACGGCAAUGGUACCUUCAGUGUUUAUUUCCGCCACAACUCAACAGGCCAGGGCAAUGUAUCUGUUAGUCUAGUGCCGCCGACCAAGAUCGUGGAGUUUGAUGUGACAGCGCAGCAGUCAGUCAUUGAUGCCAAGGACUCCAAGUCCUUCAACUGCCGCAUUGAGUAUGAGAAAGUUGAAAAGGGCUCCAAGAACACGCUGUGCAACUAUGACCCGUCCAAGACGUGCUUCCAGGAGCAGACACAGAGCCAUGUCUCCUGGCUCUGCUCAAAGCCCUUCAAAGUCAUCUGCAUCUACAUCUCCUUCUACAGCACCGACUACAAGCUGGUUCAGAAAGUCUGCCCGGACUAUAAUUACCACAGCGACACUCCCUAUUUCCCCUCGGGCUGAUGGAUGCCACUGAUGCAAAGGACACAGGCAAAGAUGGGACUCUCUCUACCCAAACACCAACCACAACAAAUAUGUGUUUCUUGUACCUUCAAAACAUGUGACCCAGAACUAAAUAAAUAUUUCAGAUGGAUUUUUUUUUUUUUGGCAAACAUAUUUUACAACUGUAAUUCUGAUGGUUUAAAGUGUCAGUCUGGUUUACAAUUUAGAAUAUUUGUAAUUGUUAUUGUUUUAGUUGGUUUUAUUAAUGAAAAUGUUGAAUAGAUACAAUGUCAGGGUAUUAAAUUUGUAGGGGUAGUAAAUUAUGCCAAUUGCUAACUGUUUGUUUGUUUGU